AUGUCUUCCUUGACCACCAGCUACGCUGAGGCAAAGACAUGCGUCUUCUGGGACGUGGAGGAUUGCCCGAUCCCAGACGGUCAGGAUCCGGAAUCGGUUGCGAUCAACAUCAAAUCAGCUCUUGCCAAGAAUGGCUACCGUGGAGAGGUGACAAUCCGGGCUUAUGGUGAAAAGUACCAGGUCCAAGAUUUCUAUGAAUCCGCCGGAAUCAAGCUCUUUCCCCAAGGAGAUAAUUAUGCGAGAUAUAUGAAGAUGCAUAUGGCGGUUUAUGAUUGGAUGGGUGAGAACGGUCUAGAAUUGACGAAUCUGAUGAUGGUAUCAGGAGAUAACUCGGGCUUUAGGCGUACUGUUGGAAUGCGUAACCAUAAUAUUCUGUUAGCACAGCCUCAAAACUCACCAAGAAGAUGCAGCGAUUGCACAAGUCCUUUGCCUGCAAUUGUCAGUGCUGAAUGGAUUUGGGAAAGCCUCUCUGCUGGAGGAGACCCCAUCACCACCACUCCCACUACUUCUUAUUAG